GAAUCUUUUUUUUUUUUUUUUUUUUUUUAAAUUUUGAAAUUCUAUUGUGAAUCUAGGCUUUUCUCUGUGAUUUUCGAAAAUUUGCAGUAAAACUACUGGAAUUCUAGUGUUUUUACUUUGCAUUUUCCAACAAGAAAAUCUAGAUUUGGACGGCUUUGGGCUGGUGUUCUUUUGAAAAUCUGAGGAAAUUUAGGUAGUUUGAAUUCGGAUUCUAUGUAAUUUCCCGCAAAACUAGUUUCUUUUUACAGACCUUUUUCUGUUUUUGGAAUUUUCUCGAAAUUUGUAUUUUUUUGUUCUGAGAUUUAUGAAAAUUCGUGGGAAAACCAGUGUAGGGAAAACUUAGGACUGAUGUUCUUCUAAAAAUUGAUGGUAAUCUAGGGUUCAUGUAGCCGUUCUUAAAUAGUUACAGAAAUCCAGCGUUUGGAACUGAGUUUGGAGGUCUUGGGAUUCCAAGAGAAACCAAAUAAGCAUGGUGGAGGAAUCGCACUUAACACCGCAGCUGAAAGCUGCCAAAAGUGCAAUUCAGUCAAUUGGGCUGGGAUACGACAUUAAUGUAGAUCUUCGUCUCAAGCACUGUAAGGGCUUUUCAGAUCCAUGUUUGAUUGAGCUCGAAGAUGGUCAGGGCCGAGAUAUUGUCCUGCCUGGUGGUAUAUCGAUCUCCAAUGUUUCGAAGUCGAUAAAGUGUGAUAAAGGAGAACGGAUGCGAUUCAAGUCAGAUGUUCUCUCCUUUCAACAAAUGUCGGAGCAAUUCAACCAAGAAAUGUCUCUGACCGGUAAAGUUCCCUCAGGCUUGUUCAAUUCUAUGUUCGAAUUUUCAAGUUGCUGGCAGAAGGAUGCGGCCAAAACUAAGACCCUUGCCUAUGAUGGGUGGUUCAUUACACUCUACACCAUUGCAUUAGCAAAAUCCCAUAUGCUAUUGCACGACCAUGUUAAACAUGCAGUUCCAUCAUCAUGGGAUCCUGCUGCAUUGGCCAGUUUUAUUGAGAGAUAUGGUACCCAUGUUAUUGUGGGUGUAAAGAUGGGAGGGAAGGAUGUCGUUUAUGUGAAACAACAGUAUUCAUCAAAUCAUCAACCUGCUGAAAUUCAGAGAAGGCUGAAGGAGAUGGCGGAUAGGAGGUUUCUAGAUGUCAAUGGACAGUAUGGCAUAGAUUUAGAAGAAAAACAUGGGGACAAGUCUGAUGUCAGGGAGAUCAAGCUGAGGUUUGCAGAGUCCUGCCCUACAAGGUCUUACUCUGACAAAGAGGAUAUCAUAGACAUCUACAAGAGGAGAGGGGGAAGUAAUGAUAACAACCUCUCCCACAGUGAGUGGUUAAACAGCAUUCAGUCAGAACCCGAUGCUAUUUCAAUGUCCUUUGUCCCAAUUACUUCUCUUUUGAAUGGAGUUCCUGGGAGUGGAUUCUUGAACCAUGCCAUGAAUCUCUAUCUACGUUAUAAACCCCCAGUUGAAGAACUCCGUCAGUUUUUUGAGUUUCAACUGCCAAGGCAAUGGGCACCAAUGUUCUGUGAGCUCACCCUUGGACCCCAACGUAAGCAACAAAGCAGCUCAUCUCUUCAGUUCAGCCUCAUGGGCCCCAGGCUUUUUGUCAACACCAGCCCGGUUCACGUGGGUCAGAGGCCAGUGACUGGCCUCCGGUUACAUCUUGAAGGAAAGAGAAGCAACCGCUUAGCAAUUCACCUUCAGCAUCUCUGCUCCCUUCCAAAAAUCUUCCAGCUUGACUCCCCCAUUGCAAACUCCCCCCAUGUGUUGGAUCGCAAGUACUAUGAGCCAGUCCAAUGGAAAAGCUUCUCUCACGUCUGCACAGCCCCCAUUGAGUCCCAUGAAGACUCAAUCGUCACGGGUGCAGAGUUACAAGUAGGGAAUUACGGCCUGAAGAAGAUCCUCUUCUUACAUCUCUACUUCUCGAGGGUCUGCGACGCCACGGUGGUUAGGCAGGCUGAGUGGGAUGGAUCCCAACGCCUGGCCCAAAAGUCUGGAAUAGUCUCUAUGUUGAUGAGUGGGCACUUCACAACGGUCCAAAAGCUUCCCCCACGGCCUGACGACAUCAACGUCAACUCCGCUGUGUACCCUCGGGGACCUCCGAUGCCUGUCCUGGCAUCAAAGCUAUUGAGGAUUGUUGACACAACAGAGAUGACCCGGGGCCCACAGGAUACACCUGGAUACUGGGUUGUAUCUGGAGCGAGGCUGCUUGUCGAAAAGGGUAAGAUCUCUCUCAAAGUCAAGUACUCGCUCUUGACAGUGACAUUGCCUGAUGACGUGUAGGGUGAGCGAUCAACCGUAUGCUAUUUUCUCUUGCAUUAGCUAUGCGAAAAUUUCUCCAAUGGUGCAUUUGGUUGCAAGCAUCAUGAAAUUUCAUGAUUAAUCAAUAUAAUUUGGUGCAAAUUUUCAUGCUAUUUCAUGAAAUUGUGCAACCAAACACACCUUAAAGGGGGGGGGAGGACCAACAGAUAGGGCAAAGGAAGAGAGAUGUCUCGGAAGUUCCAGGUCGAAAUCCCAUAUGUACUAUGAUAUUUUAUUUUGUAUUUUCCAAGGUAGAUUUAUCAUUAUUGCCUGUAACUGAAUAAUUUACGUAAGUUGCAAAACAGCAACUAUGGCCCAUCUCUUCGGCAUCUUCUUUUGCUUGGCUUUAACAUUUUAUUUUAAAGAAUGAUCAGAUACAAGCAACAGUACCACAACUUCCAGUA